CGAGCGCGUCGCGACGCGAAGCCUUGGUUUUCUGUGUUACGCCGUGCGACUAUUACAGCCUGAGAAAUCACGUAAUGCUUCGCCGAAAAGAGACGACACUUUCGCAAAUGGCUGCUUGUUCUCCGUACCUUUACUUAUUUGCUUGAUAGUGCGCCUUUAGUGAUCGCAUCAUGCCAAUCAUGUGGAACCGAAAGGUGUUCAUCAGAAUAAUUGAAGUGCUUCUGUGCGUCGCCUGCGUCGUGGCGCUUAGAGUGACGGACGAUGAGAGCCGAAGGGUCUUCCAUUACUUGAGGAAUCGCAGCAGGGAGUGGUCGCUGUUGAACAAUGUGACGUGGGGCAGUAUAGGCGCUGCCCUCGCAACAGCGACUUGUGGCGGAUAUAUCAUCAUAACGACGGGUCUUUUGAUCGCUGCAGCUACCGGGGAACUCCAUGGCCGAAAGACGGAAUUUUUCCUGCUCGGACUGGGUGUGAUCCUCUUCGGGAUAGUCGGCGCCUUGUCGCUGGCCUCUAUCGACAGCGUCCCUGAGGAUCUAAUUGACAAUGCCGCAGUUUUAGGAACGCUCUGCUUGCUCACAGCAUUGGUGUUCAUCGGAGAUCUAUUGAUGAGCCCUCCUCGUAUGAAGAACAAGCAGGAUCAAACACGAAUCAUCGAGAAAGAUUUGGGGAAGCGUCAGGUAACGCCGGUGGUGACCAUUGAGGAUACAAAGAAGUCAAAAUCAUCAACCAACAUUGUUAAAAUACCCGAGGACGAGGACGGUCGUGUGAACGAAGCUUUUCAAAAGGCAGACGAUCGUCGCUCUGAUCCACGAUCGCAGCAGGAAUCAUCCGAUACACGUCCGCAGGACAUCCGGGGCGAUCGUGGACUUCGCGAUGAUCAGGAACUAAGAGAGCACGCUCAGAAUUUCGAGAAUGGCCGUGCUUUACGUGAUUCGCAACGGUACCGAGAGAUCGAGAUGCCACGUGCUAUCCUGCACGACCCUGAUCGCAGGAUCGACGAGUCCAGGAUAAUGUAUAAGAGUCGUGACAUCUAUCAGCGGCCGGUCGACGAAAUCGAUACACCGCGGUUCCCGACGGAAUACGAAAAAGGAGAUCCAAUCUUUGCGAGAAUCGUCAAUCCAAGCGUGAAAAUUAUGAAGGUCGAACGAGACGUUGAGGAGGAACUCGACAACUACAACAGAUAUUCGGACAAUAGUCAAUACGACAACGUACCCAUCAGAAUGCGCGGCUCAUCUGGAAUCCUGAGAGGUCAUCGCGAUGUAUCCUUCAACGUACCACCUCCGCCUAAGGAUUAUCGAUCUAGAAGAUCCAAGGAUGAUAUUGAGAUGCUGGAACAAUAUUUUGGUGUACUGAAAACUACCGGCACGCAAACUGCAAGGACACCGUAUUCACCGACCGAUCCAGGAUACGUUCGACAUACUGCAAGUAACUGGCCGCAAGACAUUAAGUCGAGCACACCGAAACCUAGCCCGGAACAUUCUAGAAUUUAAUCCUUUCAUGCACACG